CGCUCCGUCGAUCAGCAGUAUGUAUCCCCGCAUUUGGAAACCUUUCGUCCUGAUAGCUGGGACAUUCCCAGCUGUGACCGCGCAAAUAUGCAACUCCCCUAACGGCUCCUACUACUUCAUCGAGAACCAACCCCAGCUCGACGCCCUCGCAGACACAUGCACCACCCUCAACGCAUCACUCAACAUACUACCCCCCUACGACGGCCCCUUCUACCUCCCCAACAUCCGCAACAUCACCGGGAAUAUCAGGUACCAAAACGACUAUGAUGCCUCAAAAUCCGAGCCAACGCCAACGUCCAUCGACCUGCCGGACUUGGAGUACUGCGCUUCCGUAUAUCUGGGCUCACUGCCUUCGCUGCGCAACGUGUCGAUGCCGAAGUUGAAAACGGUGGAUUGGAAUUUACAGGUGGAUUAUGCGCCCGAGAUUGAUUUUCGGGCUGUGCAGACGGCAGAGUAUGCGUCUUUUACUGGGGGGGAUUUGUCGAGAAUCCGGCUUGAUUCACUGCGUGAGGUGCGUCAGAGACUCGUUCUCUGUAAUAAGAAUGCAUGCAACGAGAGUAUCACCGCGUCGAAACCGUUUGAUAUCUCUCUCCCUCGGCUAGAGUCCGUAGGUACAGUGAGGCUAGGGGGUAGAAUAUCCAGCCUGGACAUGCCACAAUUCAACAAAGUCUCUGGAAACGGCGGGGAGUUCUACGGAUUCCGGCUCGACACCGAAGGAGGCCCGACUCUCAACCUGACAUUCCCUCAACUGAGAGGCGUCUACUCUUACAUGAGCCUUGCCGGAGAGAUUGGAAGCCUCUCAAUGCCGAACUUCAAAAACACCACUCAGUCGCGAUUGACAGUCAACGCCUCCUCGGUGCUCGAUAUCAACCUCCCUAUCGAGUUUGCUGAUGAUAUCUCGCUGUACGGGGAUAUUUCGAGUGUCCAAUUCCCCAACCUCAAACACGUCGACAGUCUCAAUAUAAACUCCAACCUCGAGCUCGACUGCGACUCUACACUAGAUACUCUCGCAAUGACGCUAAACACAACCGUCGGGUCCGGAGACGGACUAUCCUGUACAUCGUCAAACGGCGGCUCAGCAAAGCCACCAAAAUCGCGAUUGGUGUCGUGGUGGGUGUUGUUGGGUUGGCUUGUCUGUCUUUCCUGAGGAAGAGGAGAACCAAGUAGCGGAUGAAGUCGAGUGUUCAGCUUCAAGAAAGAAUGUAUGGGUAUACCUUUCCGACCCCCUUCAAGUGCCAGAAGGGGCCGGAUAUACAGACAAAAGCAGGAGAAGGAUCAAUCUGUAUACAAUAUAAAUAUAGCCCUUCUGAGCUACGUCCCAGUAACCUCAGGAGCAUAAAUAAUACAGCAAUUGAUUGCCCAGUCC